AUGUGGCAGCCAGGCGAAGAUUGCAACUUCUGGGGCAAAGAUCUUACAGAAACCAUCAAAGCCAUGAGAAUGUAUCAUGUCGCUGAGGGCGCAACUUUCUUCCGCAUCGCGUAUGCUAUUCACAGACUCGAGGCCGGAUUCAACAUCUGCUGCGCUUGUCAAGGAUGCAAAGGUAACGCUCGCAUCAUAACGCCCGAGUUCCAGCCAGUCAACGUCUUCACUCGUAGUGGAUACCCUCGUGAUCAAGCCGAACAUGCUGUGUUCUUGGCAUCCAGCUGUUGCCAUGAGUUCACUGCUUUCCAAUGGAGACGAUCUCGCGUCGAGGAAGGAGACUUGACAUCACUUUACCUGCUCCAGCAAGCCCACUCGAACCCCAUUCUUAACCAGUUCACUCAACUCAAGGCUGGUAUCACCACUCGAGAUCUCGAUCUGGAGUAUGAUGCCAUGUUGGAGUUGGAGAGACAACGCCAGGCCUUUGACGCCGAACAGAAAAAGUUCCUUGAUGAGUCCCGAAAGCUUGAAUACAAGGAGGCAGCACUCGUCAACGCCGAGUAUGACUUACAGCGUGCACAGUCCGCUGCUCAAGCUCAGGCUCAGGCUUCAAGUCAAGCUACAAAGCCCCCUCCUGACAACAACUCUGAUCCAUCCUCUGGCCCUCAUGGUGGUCCGCCUACUGGUCCCCCUUCUUACCCCCCCUACUGGCUCGCUCGCUAUAGACACAUGGGCUUCUAA